AUGUCUAGCUCAACAAUCUUACCAGCUGUAGAUAACACAGAACAAUUGAAUUCUCUUUUGGAUUUUUUAAAUGACAAUAAUCCGCAAGUUCGUCAAUUAGCACUUGUUCAUUUAUUAGGAUAUACCACAAAAACAUCACAAUUCCAGCAUAUUUUCAAACAAAAUGAUUUUAAACCUAUUGAGGAAUUGAAAAAUAUUUGUACAAGUUGUAAAGGAAAUCCGCUAAUUGCACAUGAUUCAUUUAAAGCUUUGGUGAAUUUAACCAGUGAUGAAGAAAUUUGUAAAAAAUUAAAUGAUGAUAAUUUUUUACAAUUUAUGAUAAAAAUGAUUCUGGAUCGAGAUUCCAUUCUAGCAGAUAUGAUUUGUAUGCUUUUAUCAAAUAUCACAAGAAAUGAAAGAAUUUCUGCCAAAAUCUUAUUAUUAGAUUUAUUAGAUCAACAACAAUUGGAACAAUCAAAUAAUGAGAAGAAGAAGAAACCAAUAGAUCAAUUAGUUGAUGUAUUUGUUAAUGGUGUAAAUAGAUCAUAUAAUAAAGAAGCUGAAUUUCAUUUCUUGGCUAAUGUAUUUGCAAAUAUUACUAUGUUGCCUCAGGGUCGAGAAUAUUUUAUGAUCGAUUCUCUUUAUGAGAAUGAAAAUAUUACACCAUUAUCAAAAGUGAUCAUAUUUACGGAACAUCCAAAUAUUAUUCGAAGAGGUGGAAUUGAUUCUUGUAUUAAAAAUUGUUGUUUUUCAACAAAUCAUCAUUUCGAAUUAUUAUCAGAAUCCAAGAUAAAUUUACUUCCUUACAUUCUUUUACCUCUUUGUGGUCCAGAAGAAUUUGAUUUAGAUGAUAUGGAAGGAAUGCCUGAUGAAAUUCAACUUUUACCAUCUGACAAGAAACGUGAGUCAGAUGUGCAAUUAAGGAAGAUAUUGUUAGAAUCUCUUGUAUUAUUAACCAGUACAAGAAAAGGAAGAGAAAUACUUCGGAAAAAGAACGUGUAUCCUGUUAUACGUCAAAUGCAUUUAGUGGAAAAAGAUGAUACAAUAUUGAUGGAUACAAUUGAUCAAUUAGUUAAUAUGUUAAUGAGAGAUGAAAGAAAUGAUCAAGGAAAUGAUAAAGAAGAAAAUGAUGAUAAUGAUAUUGUUGAAAUCAGUAGUUCAAAUAAUUCAGAUAUUAAAGUUUUAUUCCCUUACACAAUUAAUUCACAAUUCACACAAUUCAUAUGA